AUGGUAGGACAAGAGGUAACGGCUUUAAGAGGUUUAGGCUGGUUAUUAGGAAAAACGUCUUCUCCUGAAGAGGGAAAGGUGGAACUGACAGGCAGCAGUGUGUUUGACUACGUCCACCCAGGAGACCAUGUGGAGAUGGCAGAGCAGCUGGGCAUGAAGCUUCCCCCGGGGCGAGGCCUUCUCUCGCAGGGUACAGCAGAGGAUGGAGCCAGCUCAGCAUCCUCAUCUUCCCAGUCCGAGACCCCUGAGCCAGUGGAAUCUACAAGCCCCAGUUUACUAACCACUGACAACACUCUAGAGCGCUCUUUUUUCAUCCGAAUGAAAUCUACACUGACCAAGAGAGGAGUGCACAUCAAAUCGUCAGGAUAUAAGGUGAUUCAUAUAACAGGCCGCUUACGUCUGAGAGUGUCACUGUCUCACGGACGGACAGUACCCAGCCAAAUCAUGGGACUUGUUGUCGUUGCUCAUGCUUUGCCACCUCCUACAAUUAAUGAAGUCAGGAUUGACUGCCACAUGUUUGUCACUCGUGUGAAUAUGGACCUCAAUAUCAUUUACUGUGAAAAUAGGAUUAGUGAUUACAUGGAUUUGACCCCUGUAGAUAUCGUAGGAAAGAGAUGUUAUCACUUUAUUCAUGCUGAAGAUGUGGAAGGCAUCAGGCAUAGUCACUUGGACUUGUUGAAUAAGGGUCAGUGUGUAACGAAGUAUUACCGCUGGAUGCAGAAGAAUGGAGGUUAUAUCUGGAUACAGUCUAGUGCAACCAUAGCUGUCAAUGCCAAGAAUGCAAGCGAGAAGAAUAUCAUCUGGGUCAAUUACCUUCUCAGUAACCCAGAGUACAAGGACACUCCUAUGGAUAUUGCACAACUUCCUCAUCUGCCAGAGAAAACCUCAGAAUCCUCAGAGACCUCUGAUUCUGAGUCAGACUCAAAGGACAAUUCAGAGGACAAUGAGAACUCGAAGUCAGAUGAGAAAGGAAACCAGUCAGAAAACAGUGAAGACCCUGAAUCCGACAGGAAAAAGUCAGGAAAUCAGUCAGAUAAUGAAAUGAACUGUAAUGAUGAUGGGAACAGCUCCAGCAACCAGGACAGCAGGGACAGUGAUGACAGCUUUGAGAAUUCGGACUUCGAGAAUCAAAAAGCUCCUGAGGACAGUUUUGGCACUCUUGGUUCUAUGCAGAUCAAGGUGGAGCGUUUUGUUGAGAGUGAGUCAGACUUGCGGUUGCAGAACUGUGAAUCACUGACCUCAGACAGUGCCAAGGACUCAGACAGUGCAGGGGAAGUAAAUGCCCAGUCUUCUAGCAAACAUCAAAAGAGGAAGAAGAGAAGAAAAAAGCAAAAGGGAGGCAGCAUGACCCGGAGAAGGUUGUCAAGCACCUCAAGCCCAAACGGACUUGACUCAGCUUUGGUGGACCAGCCCCAGCUGCUCUCGUCACCAAACAGUGCCUCAGUGCUCAAAAUUAAAACAGAAAUCUCAGAACCUAUCAAUUUUGAUAACGAUAGCAGUAUUUGGAAUUACCCCCCCAACAGGGAAAUCUCAAGGAAUGAAUCACCCUACAGUAUGACCAAGCCCCCCAGCUCCGAGCACUUCCCUUCCCCCCAAGCCAGCAGUAGUUUACAUGUCUCCAUUCCAGACUCUGUUCUCACCCCACCAGGGACUGAAAAUACUGCCAGCCGCAAAACUCAGUUCAGCACCUCAUCCAACUCAGCCUUGGCUCCUGUGUCCUCUGACCCUUUGUCACCCCCGCUUUCAGCAUCUCCAAGGGAUAAACACCCAGGUGGUCCCACAACUUCCAACUCUUUGUUGUACACUGGGGAUCUGGAAGCCCUUCAGAGGUUGCAAGCAGGCAAUGUGGUGCUUCCUUUGGUUCACAGGGUAACAGGAACCCUUGCCGCAACAAGCACUGCUGCUCAGAGGGUCUACACCACUGGCACUAUUCGGUAUGCUCCAGCUGAAGUUACUUUAGCCAUGCAGGGCAACCUCCUCCCCAACACCCACGCUGUUAACUUUGUUGAUGUUAACAGCCCCAGCUUUGGGCUGGAUCCUAAAACACCGAUGGAAAUGCUCUACCACCACGUUCACCGACUCAAUAUGUCGGGACCGUUUGGAAGUGCUGUGAGCGGGGCCAGUCUGACCCAAAUGCCUGCAGGGAAUGUGUUCACGACUGCCGAAGGACUUUUUUCCACUCUUCCAUUUCCUGUGUACAGCAAUGGCAUUCAUACUACACAGACUCUGGAACGGAAAGAGGAUUGAAAUAUGACCACAUACUGUGUUCAGUGUUAAGCUCUGAGGCAUAGACUAUGUUUUAAUUUAGACCUUUAAUUCUAGCACUUUGAAUUCGAGCAGGUCAGUUUAUUCUCUCAAUAUGACAGUCCCCAUUUCAUUCCCCUUCUCUUUAACUUGACUUAUUCUUUAAUGUAAAGAUAUUUUUUUAUUUUUGCCUUCAGAGAGUUGAAGUACCAGUUGCCUGCCAUUUUGUCUUCUUCUAAGAUGUGUGUUUUUUCCUUUGCAUCUUUAUUAAGAUGCCUUUAAUGUGUAUGCCUCUGCCAUAGAAUACUCAGUGUUGUGGUAAAGAGAUUUUAAAGUGACAACCAUUGGUUUUACUUCAAAAUGAUCUUGAUAUGAUCAAGAUUAAAAGAGACAAGCAUAAACAAUGUGCCCUGUUUGACUAAGUCAAAUGAAAAGGGGUUUUUGUUCCUAAUUCCUUUAAAAUAGGGGAUAGUAUUUUAGAAUUUUAUGCAGAGUUUAAUUCUCUUUUUACGGUUAAGAUUUUCUUACUUGCACAUAAAAUAAUUUGGGUUCUUAAAAAGUUAAUUUCUGGCCUGUGACUAGAAUGUUGAAAAGUUGGACUAAAUGUUAAUUACUGAAACUUUAACUUAAUUUCUAAAACCAUGGUGCUAUCAUUUAUUAAUCUGUAAUAUCUUCAUACAAUUUGCAGCUUGUGGGCUGGGUUUUUUGAAAAGAAUGUGUUCCGUACUGGUCUAUAGUCGGGUGCUGCAGUCUCCUUGGUUAGUUAAGACAAAAGCCCUCAUUAACAUUUGCUGCAGGACUUAAAUUUUUUACCUCCAAACUAACAAGUAUAGCCUCACGUUAAAUUUAAAUGGGUCAGGAAGCCUUUUUCAAAAAGUGCUUAAAAAUAAAAAACUCAAUUUAAUUGAUGCAAGGAGCAGUUUCUUAGGUGCAUAUUGUUUUGCUUUGUUGUUUGUUUUCUUUUCUCAGUGUAACUGAGGCUAAUUCUACAUCAAAUAAC